AUGUUCUCUGAAGAUGUGGUCGCCGAGAUCAAGACUAUCGUCUACGCGUUCAAUGCACAACUCACACCAGAAGAAAGAAGCUUGUUGUCCGUUGCCUACAAAAACUUGACCAACAACCUUCGGAAUAGUUGGAGGACGAUCGACUGCCUCGAAUCCGCCGCAGCUUCUAUAGGCUCGAGUAACCCCAAGAGGCGUCGAGAGCUGGGCCUCAUGCGUCAGCAGAAGAGGAAGAUCGAGAAGGAACUCGUCGUCACUUGCAAUGACAUUAUCGAACUUCUUGACCGAUAUCUCCUCCUGGCUGCCAAACCAGGAGAAGAGGCUGUCUUUUAUUCAAAAAUGAAAGGCGAUUAUUAUCGCUACCUCGCCGAAUUCGGUCCAGAAGAGGAGCGAAAGAGGUAUGGCGAGUCGUCGCACCAAGCCUACAGGAUGGCCUACAAGCGCGCCCUGAAUAAUUUAGACCCACUGGACCCCACCCGGUUGGGCCUCGCUCUCAACUUCUCUGUCUUCUAUCACGGAAAAGCCCAGACAGAGCUUGCCACCUGGCCAAGAGUGCCUUCGACGACGCCGUCCAAUGUCUGGAUCCAUCCAAUAUCACGCUGGACCAAUCAUUAA